AUGGCUGCAAACCAAAUGCAUAUUAGAGUAAUGAAUGGACAAGAGAUUGAUCUGGUUUCAGCGUUGCCUGCAUCUGAUUUUCACCAAAGCCUGCAUGCGCACAAACCAGUAAGCAGAAAGCAGAAUUCUGCAAUUACAGAGGGGCUAGGCACAGUUCAGAGAAGGGAUACCAGGCAGAGUUACAGCAGAUACCCACAGCAAGUUGGACAGUUGAAUCAUCAGCAUAACAGCACACAAACUGUCCAGAGGAAAAAUAGAUUUCUGCCAAGUAAAAAGCAGGAAACAGCAGGCAACAGGGCUGGUGUUAAGAUGUGCAGCAAUGAGAUUGGGAUGGAAGAUAGGAAAGAGGUGCAGAGCUUCUUUCUGAGACACAAGCUAGCAGUGAUGGGUGUGCUGGAAACAAAACUAACAGAACAGGCUUUUCAAAGAAUGAAAACCAGAAUGUUUCAAAAUCUGGAAAUGCAACAUUACAUAAAGGAGGGCUCCUCUAGAAGUAGAGUAUUGGUUAUUUGGGACCCUCACCAAGUCACCUUUGGGAUAACAAAGUUUGAUGAGCAAUAUUUACAUGGACAUGUUACCAGUGCAGUGACACAAAAGACAUUCCAGAUUACAUUUGUAUAUGGGCUGCUAAGUAUCAGUAAGCGAAGGAGGCUAUGGGAAGGAUUAGAUGUGCUUGGGGAGAGCAUGACCACGCCUUGUAUACUCCUUGGAGAUUUUAAUUCCCCAAUCUCAGUGGAAGACAAAGAAGGUGGUAUGCCGGUAACUGCUUAUCAAAUCUCAGAUUUUCAAGACUGUGUUCUACAUAAUGGAUUAGAGGACUUACCUCAAGUAGGUUGCAAAUACACUUGGUCAAAUAUGGAGGUCUCUUGCAAAUUAGAUAGAAGCAUGGUCAAUAAGAUAUGGUUGGAGCAGGAUAUGAGGGGAUUGGCUGACUACUUACCACCGGGUUACAUCUCGGAUCACACUCCAUGCGUGGUCACCAUUAUGGCAGCUAUAGAGCAACCAAAGAAACCCUUCAAAUUCUUCAAUAUGUGGACCACUCAUGAAGAUUAUAAUAAGGUGAUGGAGGAGCAGUGGGCAAGCAUUGGGCUGGGCACAUUGCAGGGCACGACACAGUACAGGUUCAAGGUGAAAUUGCAACAUUUGAAAGCCACUUUUAGGCAGUUUAACAGGCUACAUUUUCAGCACAUAAAGGAGCGAUCACUACGGGCGCAAGAGGAGCUUCAAAGGAUGCAGGAAAAUGGCUACACUACUGGGAUUUUUGAGAUUGGGUACCAGCAGGUCCGAAAAAGAGCAGACCAACUCAGCAGGGCAGAUUUUCUAUACUGUAAACAAAAGGCUAAGUGCAAGUACUUUAGAGAAGUGGACCGGAACACUACCUAUUUCCAUGCCUUAGUCAAGAGAACAAAUCGACGAAGAGAAAUUAUGGUGAUUGAGAAAAGAAAUGGUGAUAUCAUAACAAGCUUCGAAGAGAUUGCAAACGAAUUUGUGGACACCUUUCAAGGGUUGCUUGGCACAAGUCUACAAAGAACACCACUCACCACCGAAUGCAUAAGUUAUGGAAGAACUUUAAAUCUGGAGCAGCAGGACAGUUUGAUAAGGAUGCCAACGGAGGAGGAGAUCAAGAAGGCCCUCUUUAGCAUAGGUGACCAAAAAGCGCUGGGUCCGGAUGGGUAUGGAUCAAAGUUCUUAAAACACUCAUGGGAUCUCCUCAAAGGCGAAUUGGUGGCUGCAAUAAUGGAGUUCUUUCGACAUGGGAAGCUUCUCAAGCAACUUGCUGAUGUUGUUGAGCACAUAUUUCAUCCGGCACAAGCUGCAUUUGUCAAGGGAAGGAAUAUCACUGAUAAUAUACAUUUGGCACAAGAAUUGAUGAGAAAUUACACAAGCAAGAGGAUUUCCCCACGGAGUAUCAUGAAGGUAGACCUCCAGAAAGCUUUUGACACGGUGCAUUGGGAUUUUCUUCUGGAGGCAUUAGCAGGGUUGCAGUUCCCCUCCACCUACAUUGCCUGGAUACGUGAGUGCAUCACUACCACCAGUUUUUCAGUGUCUAUCAAUGGAGGCAUGCAUGGGUACUUUCGAGGAGCUAGAGGAUUGAGGCAGGGUGACCCACUAUCACCAUAUCUAUUUGGGAUCUGUAUGGAGUAUUUGGCUCGGAUGCUUAGUUAG